AUGAUUAUCAAUUCCGAUGAGCGGAAAACUGUCGUAGACAUUGUCCUUACAAUAUUAUGGUUUUUAACGGCGUUUACUUAUUUUAUUGGAUGGUAUAUUCACAGGAGGACAUAUAAAUUUCUCAGGACUCGAUGGGAAGGAUACGAUGAUGGUGAUUUAGUAUUUGCUGCCAAGUUACGAGCUCAGGGUUUACCUGUUGCGGGUUACAAUACGCGCGAGUAUUUUGCUUCCAUCAAUCUAAAACAUAAGUCGGCAAGACAACAUAGCAAAGAGUCCACAUCUGCAAUUGCAGCAAAAAAAGAUUAG